AUGCCCGGCCCCGUGGACACCGCAAAGUCCAUCACGAAGAAGCGCAAGAGAAAGCACGGUGCCAAGUCCGCUGAUAAUGAGGAAGCACCCCAGCCCGUGAAGGCUCAGGCUAGCCCCAAGGUCUCCUCAAAGAAGGCCGCUGCGCCCUCUAAGCCCGCAUCAGACAAGUCGACGAAGAAGCGCAAAGUGAGCCAUUCGCCCAGCGACGAUGAGGAGAGCGCCGACGAGGUCGAGGAGCAGGAGAAUGGGGACGAGAAUGAGGACAGCGAGGAGGAGUCUGAGGAGGUCGCCGAUGCCGUCGAUGAAAAGGUGGAUGAUGCUACGGACCUCCCGGUCAUGGGCGAUGUCCGCCUUCCCCAGAUGGAGGGCGAGCUGCAAAAGUUCACCGAGCUGAACCUCUCCGAGAAGACUAUGAAAGCAAUUCAAGAUAUGGGCUUUGAGACUAUGACCGAGAUUCAGCAGCGUACCAUUCCCCCGCUCCUUGCUGGACGUGAUGUCUUGGGUGCGGCGAAGACUGGCUCUGGAAAGACUUUGUCCUUCUUGAUUCCCGCAAUCGAGAUGCUGAGCGCAUUGCGCUUCAAACCGAGAAACGGUACUGGUGUUCUCGUCGUCUCUCCUACCCGCGAACUGGCGCUGCAGAUCUUCGGUGUUGCCCGUGAACUCAUGGCACACCAUUCUCAAACCUACGGUAUCGUUAUUGGUGGCGCCAACCGUCGCGCCGAGGCCGACAAGCUGGCCAAGGGUGUCAACCUGUUGAUCGCCACUCCCGGUCGUCUGCUCGAUCACCUCCAGAACACUCAGGGCUUCGUCUUCAAGAACUUGAAGACCCUGGUCAUUGACGAGGCUGAUCGUAUCCUCGAGGUCGGUUUCGAGGAUGAGAUGCGCCAGAUUGUGAAGAUUCUUCCCACUGAGGAGCGUCAGACUAUGCUCUUCUCCGCCACUCAAACUACCAAGGUCGAGGAUUUGGCCCGGAUAUCUCUGCGCCCUGGCCCACUUUAUAUCAACGUUGACCACCGCAAGGAGCACAGCACAGUGGAGGGGUUGGAGCAAGGCUACGUUAUCUGUGAAGCCGAUAAACGUUUCCUGCUUCUGUUCUCCUUCCUCAAGCGCAACCUGAAGAAGAAGAUCAUUGUCUUCUUCUCCAGCUGUAAGUGCGUUAGUUACCACGCAGAGCUUCUGAACUACAUUGAUCUGCCCGUUUUGGAACUGCACGGCAAGCAAAAGCAGCAAAAGCGGACCAACACCUUCUUCGAGUUCUGUAAUGCUAGCCAGGGCACCCUGAUCUGUACCGAUGUUGCUGCCCGUGGUCUUGAUAUCCCCGCCGUCGACUGGAUCAUCCAGUUCGACCCUCCGGAUGACCCCCGUGACUACAUUCACCGUGUGGGUCGUACUGCCCGUGGUUCCAACGGCAAGGGCCGCAGUUUGAUGUUCCUGCAGCCUUCAGAGGUCGGCUUCCUUAAGCAUCUCAAGGAGGCGCGCGUGCCCGUCGUCGAGUUCGAGUUCCCCCAGUCAAAGAUCGUCAACGUUCAGUCCCAGCUGGAAAAGCUCGUUGGACAAAACUACUAUCUAAACAAGUCCGCGAAGGAUGGAUAUCGAUCAUACCUGCAGGCGUACGCCUCCCACUCUCUUCGCUCCGUAUUCGACGUGCACAAGUUGGACCUCGUCAAGGUGGCCAAGGGCUUCGGAUUCUCGACCCCACCGCGCAUUGACAUCUCACUGGGUGCCAGCUUGGGCCGUGACAAGAAGCAGGAGCAGCAGGGACGGCGGACGUACGGCAGCCAGCCCAAGAACGGGAAGGGGCUGAAGUUCAAGCGCAAGCACGAUGACUAG